AUGGUUCCGUACCCUGUUCCUGCUAAGGCCACACGCAAGGACAAUGAGGAGAUGAAAUGUAGGAAGAUGCUGGAAGACUUAACAGUCAGACUCCCUCUCAUGAGUGCAAUCCAGAUGAUGCCAUCCAUGAGUAGCUUUGUGAAAGGACUUAUUUCUGGAAAGAUAACCGAUGACAGUGAGUUCAUGGUGGUCUCAAAAGAGUGCAGCGCUGUUCUCCAGAACAAAAGGAUCAAGAAACUGGGUGACCCUGGAAAAUUUGUCCUCUCCAUCCAAAUAGGGAGAACAGUCUUCUCAUGUUCGCUAGUCGAUCUGGGAUCAAGCAUGAACCUCAUGCCAUACUCUGUGGCUAAGGGUCUUGGAUUCACGGAUUUCAAACCUACCAGGAUGUCCCUAGUGUUUGCUGAUCGAUCAGUGAAAUCUCCGGUCGGAAUUAUCGAGGAUAUCUAA